GAGAGAGUGUGUUAUUGAGGUUGGUGGGGCUGUCUUCAUGUAGUCAGCUGGUGGCACAUGAACGUGGGACACCAAAGUGCUCAGUUCUGCUCUUUCUGAAACCUACUCAUAUUUUUGUGAAUCCAGAGAAUGUGAUCGUGUUGUGAGUUUAGGAUCUACUGCUCGACAUCGUCCUCUUUUUCAUCAGGGAUGGAAAACCUCACGCCAGAACAAUGGCGCGAGAUUAUGAACAGGAAGAUGCGCUUCCCUCCGGAACUCAUCAGUGCCAUCCAGGAGGGGAAAAUAGAGCUGCUGUGUAGUCUGCUGAAGACCGGCGAUGGCAUCCUCCGCCAACUGGAUGAGUCCGAAGACCGUCAGUGGAGGGAGGCCCUCAACCUCUCCAUCCGCCUGGGCAACGAGAGCUGCAUGGACACCCUCUUGCAGGGGGUCAAGUUCGACUUCCGGCAGAUUCACGAGGCCCUGCUCGUGGCUGUUGACACUAACCAGCCCCGGGUGGUAAAGCGCCUGCUGGACCGCCUCGACCAAGAGAAAGGUAACAAGAUGGAUGUGCACUCCUUCUCCCAGGCCAUCUUUGACCACUCCAUUGACAACUCCCAGUUUGCCCCUGGAGUAACUCCUCUGACUUUAGCCUGCCAGAAAGACCUGUAUGACAUCGUCACCAUGCUUACCCGGAAAGGUCACGUCAUUCCGUGGCCGCACAAGAUAUCCUGCACCUGUCUGGAGUGUCGUAACGGCCGGCUGUACGACCUGCUGAAGUUCUCUUUGUCUCGCAUCAACACCUACCGCGGCAUCGCCAGCCGCGCCUAUCUGUCCAUCACCUCUGAAGACGCCAUGUUGAGAGCUUUUGGUCUCAGCAGGGAGCUCCGCAAGCUCUCGCAAAAAGAGCCAGAGUUCAAGCCUCAGUACCUGGGCCUGGAGGAGCUCUGUCAGGAGUUUGCCUUCGAGCUGCUGGGCAUGUGUCGUAACCAGAGCGAGGUGACCACCAUCCUGAACAGCUGCGGAGACGAGAGCCAGGACUCCUUAGAGGAGCAGGCCUUCGAGGAGGGAAUCCCAAACCUGUCCCGCCUGCGGCUCGCUGUCAACUACAACCAGAAGCAGUUUGUGGCCCACCCGAUCUGCCAGCAGGUGCUGUCCUCUAUCUGGUGUGGGAAACUGUCUGGAUGGCGGGGCAGCAGGACGGCCUGGAAGCUGUUUGUCUCCGUGGGGAUCUUCCUCACCAUGCCCUUCCUCUGCCUCGUCUACUGGGUCGCUCCAAAGUCAAAGGUAGGAAAGUUACUUAAGAUUCCUGUGAUCAAGUUCCUGCUGCACUCAGCCUCCUACCUGUGGUUCCUCAUCACAUUAUUGGGAGAGUCAAUAACAAUGGAGAUGUAUCGAGAGAAAUUUGCUUCCCGGGAGCAGAACAUGCUGCACAGCUCCUUCCACAUGGUGUGGGUGGUCGGGUUCUUCUGGUACGAGUGUAAGGAGGUGUGGAUUGAGGGGCUGCGCAGUUACUUCUUGGACUGGUGGAACUGCCUGGACGUGAUGGUGCUCAGCAUGUACCUGGCGUCCUUCGCAUUACGUCUGCUCAUCAUGCUCAAAGGUUUUUUCGUGUGCCAGGAUUAUGAUGACACAGCGGAGUGCGCUUACUUCACUCAGACUGUGCGUGAAGACUGGCGUCAGGAGGACCCCCAGCUGCUGGCCGAGGUUCUGUUUGCAGUGACCAGCAUGUUGAGCUUUACACGGCUGGCGUACAUCCUGCCAGCACACGAGUCCCUGGGAACUCUGCAGAUCUCCAUAGGGAAGAUGAUCGAUGACAUGAUGCGAUUUAUGUUUAUAUUGAUGAUCAUCGGAACAGCCUUCCUCUGUGGCAUCAACAAUGUCUAUGUUCCUUAUGUCAUCUCUCCACAUCUUGGCAGGUUUAAUGAGACGUUCCACUUCCUGUUCUGGACCAUGUUUGGCGUGGCUAACCAGGACUACGUGGACAUGCCACGGUUUGUGUUGGCAGAGUUUGUAGGAAGGAUUCUGUACGGCAUCUUCACCCUCGUCAUCGUCAUCGUCCUGCUCAACAUGCUUAUCGCCAUGAUCACCAACUCCUUCCAGAAAAUUGAGGAUGAUGCAGAUGUUGAGUGGAAGUUUGCCCGGUCCAAGCUGUACCUCAGCUACUUCAGAGAGGGCCUCACCAUGCCUGUGCCCUUCAACAUCAUCCCCUCACCCAAAGCUUUCUUCUACAUCUUAAGAGGUAUCUGCAGACGAAUCUGCUGCUGCUGCACUUCGAAUUCUGAGAACAAAUAUCCUCCUAUUACCUCUAUGACCAAUGAUAAGGAGUCUGAAGAGGGCAAGAUACCUUACCGCCAGCAGGUGAUCAGAGCUCUGGUGCAACGCUACAUUGAGUCGGCACGCAGGGAGUUCGAGGAGACCAAGAGGAAAGAUAUCGGCAAUCGGAUCACUUUGCUGACCAAAACAGUCAGUAGGAUGCACGGGGAUAUUAAGGUGGUCCAGCAGCUUCUGACGGAGGAUGGACACACAGCAAGUGACACAGUGAACAAGGAUGCCUCCUCUUUUCUGGGGAAAUACAUAAUUGGUGCCAAAAACAAUUUUGUAGGAUUUAACAGCAGACCAGACGAGAAACCUUCACCACUGAAAGUGACAGUACACAAUGGAGAGAAAGGGGGGGUUCAAGAAAAGAUUGAAGCAGAUACAAAUCAGAAUCAUGUGGUUGAAUGUGAAGCAGAGGGAUCAAAGCAGGUCACAGACUGUGAUGUGGUGAAGAUGGAGGAGGGGAGGGCUGAAACUGAGCUAGGAGAUAAGAAGGAAACUGAGAAAAAAGAGCAGACGGAAGCAGACAAAGGGGAAAAUAAUGAAUAUGAAGUUAAAGUGGUAGCAGGGACCAGUUUUAAUCAUGUAGAAAAGGAGUCAAAACCCAAGGCAGAAAAAAGAAAGGAAGAUGAGAAGCUGACAGGGGGGAAGGCGGGUGAAACACACACAGAUACAACUCCAGACACAGAGGAAAGCAAGGGAGGCAACAGUGACAAGACAGAAACAAAGUCAGUGAUGAACAAGCUUAAAGACGUAGAGCUGAAAGAAAAGAAAGAGGAGCCAAAAUGGAAGCAGGGUAGAAAGUUUGAACCUGAUGCGGCAGGAAAAUGUGCUGUCAGAGAGAGCAAUGCAAAGCCUGGAGCCAAAAAAAACAUCCCGUCUCCAACAGGAAGCAACCUCUCUCAGGACACCGGCUUCGGUUCCCAAGAAGGGGACGGGUCGAUCGACGGGACGGUAGUGAGGCCGUAGCCAUGGUGUCCUUAUCGUUAUUUAAAGUGAAACAUUUCAAAUAUUGGGAAAUAUAUCCUUGCAUGUCAUUUUUAUUCAGUUGUUGUACUUAAAACAAGAUGUAUUGUGCUAAUGAAUGAACUUCAGAACUGUUUCGUGUUGUGAAAAGGUAAUCUAAUGAGCUGCUAGCUGUAGUGCUAGCUGUAGCUUCAUAUUUACUGCACAGUGCAAUCUAACUCUUCAUCUAGCGUAAUGCAAAACACAAUUAGCUUAGUACUUAAUUAUGUGAUAAAAUUGUGAGGUAGUGUUGACAGUCAGUGAGCAAAAACCUGUAGCUUUCUCUCCUAUGUGAAAGCUUGUGUUCCUCUAACGCAGAAAGCCUUUGACUUUCUUUUAAAUAGUUAUUUACAUACAUGUACAUAAUGGCAGCCCACGGCUCCGAACACUAGGAUGGGUCAAAUGCAGAUUGUACAUUUCCCCUCUGUGGGACCAUGAAGGGUUCCUCCUUAUAACAUUUUUUUUUUUUGGCAAAUGUUAUCUUUAAUUCCCAAAUAUCUUAAUCUCGUCAGAUUUACGCAAUACAAUGAAGUUAUUCAGGGAAGAAAAGUCUAUUAAAAUCAGUUUAAAUUUAAUUUGUUUUUGAAUUGUUUACUUUAAAUGUUACAAAAUAUACAUUACAUAUACACUAUACAUUGAUAAGCAACAGUGACAGUAAAGUAGGGUUCUGCAUCUUACUAUUACCAAAUGCACUAAUGAAUCUGCUGAAUGUACUGACUUAUAACUGCAAAAUAAUGUUUGUUGGGAGGGUUCUGUUGACAUUUAAAUAUAAGAAUGAGGUUAAACUGUUUUCAA